GGUCCAUUUAUACAGAAUGGCUGCAUCUGAAAUGGCACACUAAUCCUUAUGUAGUUCCCUGGGUCCUUGUCAAAUGUAUUGCAUGUGCUGUUGAAGUCAGAAGUUUACAUACACUUAGGUUGGAGUCAUUAAAACCUGUUUUUCAACCACUCCACAAAUUUCUUGUGAACAAACUUUUUUGGCAAGUCGGUCAGGACAUCGGCUUUGUGCAUGACACAAGUAAUUUUUCAAACAAUUGUUUACAGAUUUUUUCACUUAUCAUUCACUGUAUCACAAUUCCAGUGGGUCAGAAGUUUACAUACACUAAGUUUACUGUGCCUUUAAACAGCUUGGAAAACUAUUUUUUGCCAAGACCUCAAAAAAAUAUUUGUGACCUCUGCAAGUCUGAUUCAUCCUUUGGAGCAAUUUCCAAACGCCUGAAGGUACCACAUUCAUCUGUACAAACAAUAGUAUGCAAGUAUCAACACCAGGGGACCACGCAGCUGUCAUACCGCUCAGGAAGGAGACGCAUUCUGUGUCCUAGAGAUGAACUUACUUUGGAACUGAAAAAGUGUGUGCGAGCAACCAAAUACUAAUUGAGUGUUUGUAAACUUCUGACCCACUGGGAAUGUGAUGAAAGAAAUAAAGUAUGAAAUCAUUCUCUCUACUAUUAUUCUGACAUUUCACAUCAAAAUAAAGUGUUGAUCUUAACUGACCUAAGACAGGAAAUUGUUAGUAGAAUUAAGUGUCAGGAAUUGUGAAAAACUGAGUUUAAAUGUAUUUGGCUGAGGUGUAUGUGAACCUCCGACUUCAACUGUAUAUAGUGAAUAGGUCCCACUUCCGACACACCCUGUGAAUCUUGCCUAGCUGCCAGGUUCGCGCCCGGGUAUGGGCGAGGGGACGGACGCAAAGUUAAACUGUUACACCAGCUGUCACUAGCUGUCAUUUUUCAAUUAGUUAUGCCAUAGUUGAUGACACUUCUGACACUCGAAGCAUUGUUUUCCAAUGACAUUAAAAUGACCCUGCCCACUUUCAAGAUUUAGCAAUAUUUCCUGAUUUAAAAAAAGUUUAAUGAUGAAAUAUGAAUGUUGUCAUUAACUAUAAAAAUGUUUAAAUAUAUCAUCUACCUGCCACAUGGUACUAGAGGUAUAACAACAGCAGUAUUUAGUUCCAGUCCAGCAAAACGAACAUGAUCAGAGAGAUUUCUAUAACUGUUAGAAAUAUAACUGUUUGUACAGUCUACUUAUAAACCUUAUCCCUAUUCUGUAAUGUAAAGGGUAACAAUUGUAGACGUUUCAUUAGUUUCGUUCCAAGAGUAUUUGGAGUUCAUAUUCCCUACAUGUGAUACGGGUAACCUUAACCAAAUUGUUUUUUGUGUUGCGCGUAAUUCUACUUGCGCAGCUCCAAUAUCUUCGCAUCUCAACAUCCAACACCCAAUAAUAUAGAUAGCGACUACCACAGGUCUGAACUCGCUAUCCAGUACCACCCUAUGCUCUCCUCAAGUGAAGGGCUGAACUGAAAAGAGGAACCUAACACGUUCUAAUAAAGAAACCACAGGGAUGACAAAUCCGUCAGACGCAGACGACUUUAUCGACUCGGAGGACUCAUUUGGUGACGGCGACAAGGGAAGCAGUAGGCAUUCUGCUCAAGAGACCGUCUGUGACAAUCGUCAUAACUUCCAUGGAUCUACAGAGGGACCGUAUCCCUCGUCUCAGCCCAGCCCCAGCCAAGCUCAGUCCGCGUCUGCUACCUCGUCUGGUACCAUGUUCCCACACCGGACACUGCACGGAGCCACCUACCCGGCCCUCGCCAUCACCAGUUCGGGUCACUACAUGGCACACCAUCCUGUGGUCACGCAAGGCUCAUAUAAUAGCCUCUUGACCACUACGUCACCUCAAGGCUUCCCAGCGCCCGGAUAUUUUUACGCCCAGCCAUACGGGCAUGGCCACCAAGGAGGUGCUUUCCACAAGAGCUCAGCAAUGCAAACCGGGAUGGUUUUUGGUAAAGCGCAAGUUUAUCUCUGCAAUAGGGCUCUGUGGCUCACGUUUCACAGGCACCAAACAGAAAUGAUCAUCACUAAACAGGGGCGACGAAUGUUUCCCUUCCUGAGCUUUAAUAUAUCUGGACUUGAUCCGACGGCAAAUUACAAUAUUUUUGUGGACGUCAGUCUCGCGGACCCUAAUCACUGGCGGUUCCAAGGAGGACAGUGGGUACCCUGCGGCAAAGCGGAGUCAAAUGGGACAGGGAACAAGGCCUAUAUGCAUCCAGACUCUCCGAACACCGGCGCGCACUGGAUGCGUCAAGAAAUUUCUUUUGGAAAACUGAAGUUGGCAAAUAAUAAAGGGGCAUUGGAAAGUGCAGGGCAGAUGGUUGUCGUUCAGUCCCUCCAUAGGUACCAACCCCGUCUUAAUGUGGUCGAGGUGCACGAGGAUGGGGCCGAGAACGCAAGUCAACCCAGACAGUCAUUUACGUUCCCCGAGACGCAAUUCGUUGCAGUCACAGCAUACCAGAACACAGACAUAACACAGCUGAAAAUAGACCACAAUCCUUUCGCAAAAGGUUUUCGGGACAAUUAUGACAAAAUCUACACAGGCUACGAUAGUGACCGGUUGACGCCAUCGCCGAGUGACUCGACCUACGCCCAGUUUGUGCCCGGUGCCAGAUAUGCACUUGCUAAUUCUUUCCUUCAGCACCAAUUCGUCAGCACGUAUGCCAAAUCCUGUUUCCGCCCUAGCGCAGGAGCUACGUCUGGACUAGACUAUAACGUCCCCUUAACUAACAGCAUGCUGUCACCGCAAACCAGCGAGGAGGACACGAUGGCGGCAUCCCCGAGAUGGUUUGUGACACCGAACAACAACAGACUGGACUAUGCCUCCCGCACAAAUGACGCGACUGGAAACACGGCAACUUUGCUGUCAUAUGCAACAGCUGGAAAGGCACUACAGCUGUCCGCAACGGACAGUUCGGGUAGAGCCCUUACUUAUUACGCAGAACCAACGGAUUUUGCGCCUACCUCACCCCAGUAUUGCAGUGCGUCUAGCCCGGCUCUGUCCUGCUGGACUAAUGGACACGCUAUUGGUACUGCGGACUUUGACGAGGUCCUCUCACUUUCAAAGGAGAGUUUGCCAACGAGUGUCUCUGAAGACGCAAAACCACAAGAUAUCUCGGAGUCUAGUUGGAUAGAGACAUCAUAAACUGAAUUGAAGAGAUAUCCCAACCUAGGUUAUUGGCACCAGUCUAAAUAAUCAUCUGGAAAUCGUUCAUUCGUUUUUUCAUUAGACUGCAUUUUUGGAUUAGCCUAGAGUGGGCUAUGGAUAUGACUGAAGUGUUAAAAUGUUAACGACAAAAUAGUCUAUUUAAGCUAUAAUAAUGUAUAUAUUUAACAUUAGCUGUAGUCCUACUCUAGAUGUUUUAAUUGAAUCCUGUUUUCUAAUUUGACUGAUUUGAUUGGUUGAUUUUUGAUUUGUUGAAUACAUUUCUGGAAAGUGUUCAUGUCUUAGCCUGCGUUGAGUUUCCUUGGCAUUAUGUUUUAUGGUGCUGGCUUUAGUAGCCUAUAUAGGAUCCACAAUGUCUUUACUAGCGCAAAAAAACAAGGUUCUGAGUUAUAACAACUGUACUUAAAGUAAGUAGCCCAAAUGCUUCAAAACACAAUGGACAUAUUCAUAAAUCAUCGCCCAACGCAAAAAAAGGUGAAGAGGGAAUUUGUUGUAGUCUUUGAUAGGAUGUACACUAAUUAAUUAUCUAAAAAUGAAGUAAAAAUAUAAAUUCGAUUAAAAGCAGAUGGAGAAGUUGCAAUUCCUUUUCUCUUUAAACGUGUUUAUACCAGGUGUGAUGGUUUAUCAGUGUUGUUGCUGCUUUGCUUGCAGAUGCGUGAACAAUGGAGCAAACUGAAGAUGAAAGAUAUUCAUAAGAGGACCACAAUGGACAUAAGUAAUCUGAACUUGUUUUUUAAUCCUUAAUAAUGUUUAAUGUGUGUAUUGUUGUACUCACAUAGCUGAUUCAACAUCUGUAUUUAACAUUUGUCAAAUAACUUUCAUUUAUUCGGCGACUAUUGACGUUUUCUUUAAAAAAUAAAAUAUUUUUGUGUUAAAGUAA